ACGGCCUCUGCUGACAUGCUGAGUCGGAAUAUAUCCAUAAUUCUGGAAAAUUUACUCAAACGCUAUGAACAGUCACAGCUACCCACCCAUGGCCAGGGUAUGCCGACGGUGGUGCAAACGAAUAUACUUAUACGUAGCAUGGGACCUGUCUCUGAAUUGGAUAUGGAGUACUCAAUGGAUUGCUACUUCCGGCAGUAUUGGCGGGACAAAAGGCUGAGCUUUAAGGGACCCAUCAAGAGCCUGUCGCUGAGCAUUAAGAUGCUGGAUAAAAUCUGGCGACCAGACACGUAUUUCUACAAUGGCAAGCAUUCGCAUAUACACACCAUAACGGUGCCCAAUAAGCUCCUUCGACUGGACCAAAAUGGAGGAAUCCUGUAUUCCAUGCGGUUGACCAUUAAGGCCACUUGUCCCAUGGAACUGAAGAACUUUCCCAUGGACAGGCAAUCCUGCCCUCUGGUAAUCGGUAGUUACGGUUAUACUAACCAGCAGUUAGUCUACGAGUGGAAGAACCAAGAUGAUGCUGUGUCCUUUGUCCCAGGAAUGACCCUAAAUCAAUUUGAUCUUAUUAGCAUGAUGUAUCGCAAUUUUACAUCAAGGCGUCGCGAGGGUGACUUUUCGGUCUUGCAUGUUGCCUUUAAUCUUAAAAGACACACUGGAUACUUUCUUAUACAGGUCUAUGUACCAUGCAUACUGAUAGUGGUCCUCUCCUGGGUCUCAUUUUGGAUACAUCGCGAAGCCACCAGCGACCGAGUGGGUCUCUGCGUAACCGCCGUACUCACUCUAUCCACAAUUAGCUUGGACUCGCGAACCGAUCUGCCAAAGGUCAAAUAUGCCACGGCCCUUGAUUGGUUUCUAUUGAUGAGCUUUUUGUAUUGCAUUGCCACCCUGCUGGAGUUUGCCGGUGUCCAUUACUUCACCAAGCUGGGCAGUGGCGAGAUACCCAAGUUGGAGGAACAAUGGGAGGAUAUUUGUGCAGCAAACAAUCCAUCGCCGGAAUAUGUGGCUGAGGUGGAAGUGGACCAGGCGGCAUCGGCUGAAGAGGAUGAUGGAAGUGAUGCUACGGAUAAUUAUGAAAACGAUGAGGUGGCCAGUGAGUCCAUUAAUUCGAGAAAUGAAAUCUGUUCUUGUGGCCAGCAUGAUGGCCUUGGAUUAGAGGAUACCAUGGCCACUGGGGGUUUUCGUAAGCGUGCCGCUCUCAUUGGUCCCUUGUUUAAUGACCCAUCAGCAUACAUAUAUCCAAAGACAUCGUCACAUGCCUCCACGAUGGAGCGCACCACCCAAACGGAGCCGCCGGUGGUAUCACGCAUGCGACAGAUUUGGCUUUGCCUCAAAAGCGAUGACAACUUCCGGAAACAGAGGGAACGGGACGCGGCAGCGGAGAAGAGUGGCCAAGGACGCGGCGCCAGUUAUGUGAAUAGCGUCUCCCUAAUCGACCGCGUUGCUCGCAUAGCCUUCCCCAUGUCCUUUGCUUUCUUCAAUCUCUUGUAUUGGCUGGCUUACGGGAUGUAUAAAAAGGAGUUCUCAUGGUCUAGCAUAAAGUCAUAG